GGCGCGGCAGGCGGGCUUGGGCUCCCCGUCCGUGCCGAGCAUGGUAGUGAGGGCGCCGGCCGCCCGUGGACUCCUAUUGCUGCCGCCGCUCCUGCCGCUGCCGCAGGUGGCGCUGGGCUUCGGGGACAGCAGCUGCGACCCCUCGGACCUGUGCCCGCCCCAGGCCCGCUGGAGCAGCCUGUGGCACGUGGGGCUUAUCUUACUCGCUGUCCUGCUGCUGCUGCUGUGCGGAGUCACCGCCAGCUGCGUCCGGUUCUGCUGCCUCCGGAAGCGGGCACACACCCAGCCGCACCUGCCCGCAACACCUCAGCCAUGCGGCUUGACGGUCAGCCCUACAGACAGUGACAGCCCCGUGCACAGCACUGUGACUUCUUACAGCUCUGUGCAGUAUCCGCUGGGCACACGGCUACCCCUGCCCUUUGGGGAGCUGGACCUCGACUCCAUGACCCCUCCUGCCUACAGCCCGUAUGCCCCUGAGCUGCCACCCUCCUAUGAAGAGGCUGUCAAGAUGGCCAAACCCAGGCAGGAAGAGCCACCCCCUUCUUAGUGACCCAGUCCUCUCCCUGGGGCCUGAGGCCUAGAGACAUCGGCAGGGCCCCCAGAGCCAGGCUCCAAUGCCCAGCACCCCGGGCUGUGGCCCUGGUGCCACUCAAAGGCAGAGGAAAGUGCUCUUGAACCUCCCGAUGCUGCCAGCCAUCCCGUGCUCAGAGGGACCCAGUGCGAAGACACUUGCAGCCGGGCCCCCCAGCACACCCCGACCAUCCUUCGCCAGGGAAGGCCAGCUGCCCAGCACAUUGCUGCAGCCCUGGCCUUGUUGCUAAGUGACGCCAGGCAGCCAAGCCAGCUGGCCCUGUGUUAGCCACACACACACACACACACACACACACACACACACACAGGCCUGCAUUCAGUGCAUUCAGCCCUGACCCCACAGGCCUCAGCCUCAGGGCCCAGGGCUGGCUGUGACACCCCCAGCUUUUUGGAAAAUAAAGUUUGUACCUAAGUGA